AUGGCCGAUGUACACGAGUGCUCCGAGUCUAAUCAAAAUUUUUCGAAUGAGAAGAAUGUACCUAAGGCGAAACGUAACAAGUUAGUGCUCUCCGAUUAUACUAUAAGAAGGAGGCAACCCUUCAAUUUACCGGGAAAACGGAACAAAGACAUAUUUGUAACUAAUAAAACCAAUUUUAAGGCACAAUUAAAGAAAUGUGAAAAACUUCUUAGCAGUGGUAACUCCGAAGUGAUUAUACAUGGUCUUGGUGCUGCUGUAUAUAGAGCUUGCAAUUUAGCUCUGCAAUUAAAAGAAAUUCAUUAUGGUGGAAUGGAAUUAGAUAUCAAGACUUCUACUAUAUCUAUCAUUGAUGACUUUGAACCUCUUCGUGAUAGCAUGGAGUAUGAAACAAUUAAUAGAAGUAAUUCAGCUGUACACAUCCGUGUAUUUCGAAAAUUUUCAAUAGGUGGUCUCAAAUAUCAAGAUUAAAAUAUGAAAAUUAAGAUAUGAA